GAAGAUCGCUGUUCGUUCUCCUCAUUCCAUGCAUAAGGAUAUAUACUCAACUACAAUCAUGGCGCCCCCGCUUGUUACCAUCUAUGUCACGAGCUUGACGUCUGCACCUGCAGUCCGAAGGCAUCAUGAUCUCCUCAGGAGUUCCCUGAAUGCCAUGAAUAUCAAGUACGAAGAAUAUGACCUCGUGAUGGAUGAAGAAGCCAAGCGCCGUUGGCAACGAGCAAAACCGGCGGGCAAGGUCAUUGGUCUUCCUGGCUAUCUCGUGGGAGGUGAAUGGAUUGGUACAAUGGAGGAUUUUGAAGAAGCCGUAGAAACACAAUCCCUUGAAUCGUUCCUCAAACAAGACCUCAAUAUUCCCGACGAGGCAUCUACAAUUUCCGACCCAUCUGCUCCCUCCGCCUCCAAACAAAAGUCAAUGCAAGAGAUGGAGCUUGAGAAAAUCAUGGGAGAAAUGACGAACGAAGAUCUGGACAAGUUAAUGAAUGAGUUGGGAGUAUCCGAUGACAUCGGCAAGGUCGGAUUGAUCAACCAGCCUUCCAGUGGAAUUAAUAUUAGGUCGUGGGGCGGAGAAGAAGGUGUCUCCAAAGGACCAGCCCCCACCAAUGGUGAGGAUGUCAUCUCAAAGUUCCUUCAUCAAGAGGAGAAAAAGGAUGAGGACAAAGAUACGAACGACGGAACCGGUGUCUAUGAUAACACAAAGAAGGUCAAAGACGAGAUCACAGAUGUGCGGGAAGAUGAGAAAGACCUUGUGUUGGAGUUGAAGAAAGAGUCUGAGCUUGACGCUCGCGAGGAAAAGGACAUCGCCUUGGCGGAGAAGAAGGAGGUUGGGAAGCUUGACUAAUAACUGAAGAUUAAUGGGUGUGUUUGUAUUAUUUGUAUACAGUUUGUAUCAUACACAGACAAUGAUUAUUUAUCAAGCCAUUGUGCAGACUAGGCUUGAUACAUUUGGUCUGCUAGUGAUCGAUUACAGGGG